UCUCUUUCUCACACACACACGCACACACACGUGAGUAGGCCUGCAUGUCGUUAUAUUAGCGUUUAAAUCAAAAUGGUGCAAGGCGAGGUUCGGUACACGAAGGUGUCUACAGAUGUGCACGAUGAACCAGAACCAGAACCCGACCCGAACGAGGACAGCGACGAGGAAGGACAAGUGACAGUCUACUUUAAGCUGCCUGCGGAUAGACCGCAGGGAAAGGCAUCGAAGAGGCUCACAUGUUUCCGCGUGUCAGCGGCUCUGGUUCUGCUGGGUACCGUCUUGGUGUUUUCGCUUCUUCAGUGGUACGAAUGGUGGCCCGAUACCGAAGGGUUUCCAAAUGUGGGAACCAACAUCAUGAAUAUUUCAAACGAACACGACGAACAUCAUCACCACACCAUGGAUAAAGAUGAUGAAGAAGAAGAUGCAGAAGAUCCCCACCACCAUGAGCACACUGCACUGUACCACCAUGCGGUUGUUCUGACAGCCUCAGCUAACUGUUCCAGCAUUGGUAUGGCACUUCUCCAGGAAGGAGGAAACGUGGUGGAUGCAGCUAUCUCUUCUCUGCUCUGCUUGGGAGUCGUCCACCCACACACAGCUGGAGUAGGUGGUAUGUUCUCAGCCGUCCUGUACAACAACACUUCAGGCUCACUCAAGACCACAGUACGAUCCACUGCACCCCAAAUGUUAUUUCCUACUUUUGGCGUCCCAUCUAUUCUGCAAGGUAUCCAAGAACUCCAUUCCCGGUGGGGACGAUCUGAAUGGAGCCGACUUUUUGAAGAAUCCAUAACUUUGGCACAGGAAGGUUUCCUUAUAGAUGAUGUCCUCGGCCGGGCAUUGGAAAGCUAUAAGGAGGAAAUACUCGUUUCCGAGCUGUGUGAUCUGUUCUGUGAUGCGAGUGGGCGCAUGAAAUCGGUGGGAGCGAUCGUCAAAAACCAGAAUCUGUCCGAGCUUUUACAGAGGGCCAGCCUGAAUGAGAACAAUUUCCUAGAAACGCUGGCCGUGAAAUUGUCCGAAGACCUCUCCGUGAGCGAGAGGCCAGCUUUCUUAGCCGCCAUUCAGCACAGCCGUGGAGAAAUCAAUGACUUUCUUAUCAUCCAGCGAGAGAAAUAUUCUGUCCUUUCAGCCGGUUUGCCUUUCUCUGUCCAGAUGCUAUCUGAUAUAUUACAGCAAGUCAGGCAGCAAAACCUCUCCUUUCAGAACAGUGCAGAUUUUAACAGGACCUCUGCCGCCUACAGUGUUCUCUUAAGCUUGAUUCGAGAACAUGACGAUUCAGACAUGGCUGAGAAGUACCCAGGCUUCAUAGACGCACUUUCUCUUAAUACUCAAAACAGUGACAUUGCUGUGUUGGAUAAAUCUGGUAAUUUUAUCAUCAUGUCAGCUUCACUCAAUAGCACGUGGGGAUCCGGGCGCUUUCUGCCGUCCACCGGUAUUCUCCUUAACGGCUUCAGUGCAAACGUCUCAAACUUGCCUUACUUCAAUAUUCCACUAGUUCUAAGACUCACUGAAGACUCUCAUAGUAACAAGACAGAAGUCAAUGAAGAAGAAAAUGAAAUAGAAGUUGUUGUGAUGACUGGAGGGCUUUCAGCGUUAUUUAAUGCCGCUGUUCUUCUGCAUAACAGAAUUGACUUAGGACUGUCUUCCAAAGAAGCUAUUAGUAGCCCUCUCCUCCAUUUACAGCCGCCAGCUUUUUGUCUGUCUUCCACUUUAAAUGACUCAGACGUCUAUACGCUGUUCUCUGACGUAGGAGGUGAGCUCCAGCAGGUGGACGAGUGCUCGGAUAAUUCUCCAUCCAUGCUGCUGCGGUUACACGCGGAACACGUUAGCGCAUACGGAGCGCCGGCUGCUAAUGCGCAUAUUAAUGGCUACUGACGGUUUAGACGUCUUUUUAAUAAAGCAGUGUCAUUCUUUAUAGUGCAGACACAAGAACAGCACUUUUUUUUGACACAGAGAGAAAAUGGCUCGAGUCUAUUCAGUUAGACAUUUGAGUCCAUCAGUGUUCCCAGAGUUCAUCAAUGGAGAGACAGGAGUUUUUCAUUUGUAUUAAGUGGGAACGACUGCAGCGGGUUCUGAGCCAGCUCAUUCAUAGACAUACAGAUUUCUUUAAAGCAUUUGUACUAUUCAGAUGUUUUACCGCGACUAAGAGUCUCAUCACCGUACUGCACUGUACUUGAGUCUUGUUUGAAUGUCAAUCGGGUUUCCACCUUCAUUCAUGAGGAAUUUCAUCACAAGUCCCGGUUUGACUUGAACAUCCCUCGUGGAACGCAUCAUAUGACAAGCUCACGUUUAACAGAUCUAGUUCCAUUGCAAUAAAAAUCAGAACCCAAACCCUGGCCUUGGCCAUGUCAUUAUUACAAUAACAUGCUAAUAUACUGAACAUCUCGAGCUCACCUUAAAGAGUGUUUCUGAGUAUUUGACCUUGGUUCAUGCACUGAUGCACACUUUUUUAAGCACAAAUCUCAGGUCUAUAAUUAGAAGAUCUUCAUUGUAUAAAGUGAAACAGAUGUUCCUGUUACCUGUUGUAUGCAUGUUGGAUCAACAGUUCCAGUAUUCUCAAGAUAUCCAAAUUUAAACAAUCUUUAUUUUUUUGGUAUUUUAUUGGUUUACCAGAAAAAGCAUUGGAAAAAGAUAAAGGGACUGUAUUUGAAAAAGAUUUGUCAAUUACUUAGAGAAUGUUUUGUAAACCAAAAAAAAAAAAAAAUUUUAAUUUCAAUUUAAUUGUGGAUUUUAAUGUAUGGAGACUUUUGUGACAGCGUGUAGAAUUUGGGACGAAUAAUUAAUAAUUUUAAAAGACUGCUGAAAUGGCACAUUGUUCAGCACAUUUCACUGACCGUAUUUGUUCAGUAUUGUGAUGUGUACGUCUUUAAUCAUGCUUAAUUCCUCCACAACAGAGAAACGCACAUACUGUAUCAGGACUAAUCAGGGAAAUGGAUUGGUCAUCAGUUUAAUUUGUGCAAAUUUCAGUCAUCUUCUAACUCAGUGGUUCUCAACCUGCCCUGCACAUUUUAGUGUUUUCACAGCUCCCAGCACAUCUGAUUUAACUAAUCAGCUAAUUAACAGCCUUUCCUUAAUUUAAGUGGAUGUAAUCAAGCAGGAAAAACACUACCAUGUGCAAAGACCAGGGAUGAGACGCACUGUCCUGACUAUUUCCCAAGGAUAUCGACGGACACAUUUUAACUCAUGUGGGUUGUUCUACAGUAGGUUUAAAUGAUGUGCUUAUUUUGUGUUAAUUAAUUUUUCUCUUCUUAGGCUUUAUUAUGACGAGUGAUAAAAUUACAACCACUGGUGUGUCAUUGAAGGGGAAGUAAAUACAGUAUGAUGGUGACGGAUAUAAUAAUGCAUCUAAAUAAUGCAGAGUUACAAAGUAGUGCAACAGUGUUUACCUUAUCAUAUCUUGAAUCCUGAAAUAGCACACAUAUCUGUUCCCUCCUGUCCGAUAGCGCGUAUCCGGCCCUGCUCUUUAGGUGGGAAAAUGGCAUUUCUCUCCCGUGUGGAGAAAUCGUCAGCAUCUCUUAACCAAAGCGGGUUAUCUAUGAAUUCAUGCAUACAGAAGAGGGCAGUUAGCGCUUGCAUCUGAGCAUGACCAGCUGUCUAAAAAGGUGUGAUAGCUUCACAUAUUUUGGAUUAAGCACAUGCAGGCAUAGCUAAAUGUGCUCAAGAAGCCGCUAGUUUUGCAGAAAUAAGCCAUUUGACUGACAGACAUGUCUUAUAUCCCAUAGUAUUCCAUUUACUUGGCACUAACUAAUCCCAACAUGUUGUUUAAUAACUUUAUAAGAUUAAGGUAUGUCAUGAUUAUUUCAUGUGUUUUGUUUAUAUCAUGCACUAAAAAGCUCGUUGUGUUUACAGUAUUAAAAUCUAAAUGUAGCACAAAAUCCAAGUUUAUUUUCCUGUUAAAUGUUGCACAGCGGCGAGGAUUCAUGCAAUUAGUCAAUCUAUCAAACUGUGUACAUCUUAUAUUAGUAUAUAAGGUGUUGUGUUAGGGCUCAUACAACUUAUAAGCCAGACCCGCUCCAAUAAAGGGUCUGAUCACGCCCAGCAAAAUAAUUAAAAAUCUGUCUUUUAUAUUAUAAUUGUUUUAUGGGCUGUAAUCAAAUUAAAAGAUUGGAAAGAAGAUUGUCUAGAGGGAGAGAAAGCGAGCAAUGAACUCAGGUCAUUAACUCUACUGAUGUAUAAUUCUUUAUUAACAAGCACAGAUGAAUGCUGGAUCCAUCUCUGUGUAAAUAUAAUACAAGUUUAAGAAGGAAGAGUUAUGCAAUUGC